CUUGUUUGGGUCGGCGCCGAUGUACUCCUGAUUUGACCAGUGGCAUCGUGGUUAACUCAAACUAAUGGCGUCCCGGCCACCCGCAACAACCAACCCGACGCCGACACCAACACCAACACCAACGCCCACCUCGAUCGCCGGAGCAUCUCCCACUGCUUCGUCACCAUGGCCACCGAAGCCGACAGCAGGCGUAAAUCCCAACAUACCAACCCUGGUUCCUCGCUCUCAACCUCCUCCGCCACUCCCUCCAGCUUCUUUCUAUGGCUCGACCAAUCAACCGCGCUACUCCUCCCCUGCUUUCCAUCUUGCCCUUCCUCCAGCGACUCAAACUCACUUCCAAGCGUACGUGCCACCAAUUCAGACCCAAACUCCCACCAUCGCUGGCACGGCGCCAGGAUCUACUCCUGCUGGUACGCCUGUGCAGCAAGCUAGAGCGGUUCCUCCGGGAGCACGAAGGGGGCAGUCGCUUAGAGGGAUAUUUACGAGAGAAUUGAGGGCGUUAAUGUUUGCUUUCGGUGACGACGCGAGUCCAGCUCCGGAUUCAGUCAAUGUAAUGGAGGAGAUUGUUAUAGAGUUUAUAGAACAGCUGUGUACAACCGCGGUGCGAGGGCAAGCAAAACCCAAGCUGACUGCCGAUGCCCUAAAGUAUGCACUGGAUCGGCCGGCGGAUGCUGCCAAACUUGGUCGCUUGCACGAUCUCAUAUACCAUCAAAAGACAUUAGCGGAGGCGAGAAGCAUGUUCAAGGUUUGAUUAUGUAUGACAUGCUUUAUGUCAUUCCAUAUAAUGUGCUUGGGACCGUAAGAGUAAAGUUCAAACAGCGAAGUUGAGGGUGAGCGAACUCAACAUAACAGAUCUCAUUCUUCCAUCGCACCGUUCGCCUGUUCAUCCUGUUCUCCGCCCCUCCCUUUCUUGACCUCCAGGGCUCUUUGACCCUGUUCCGAUGCUUUGGACAGGUCUGGCAUAAGUUUUGAGCCAUUCUUCUGACUCCCAAA